AUGGCUUUACCGGCUGUACCUCAACUCAAAAAAGAAUAUCUCGAAAUGAUCCCAGAUUUUCAUGGAGAUGUCGCAUUACUUCCUCGCUUCAUAGAGAUUUGCGACAAACUAGUCACUAAAUUUUAUAAUGUAGCCGAUCCAACCGAUUUUCAGAAUGAAUAUCUGACUUCUAGCAUUUUAGCAAAAAUUAAAGGCGAAGCCGCCAUAAAUAUUUCAUCAUGUAGUAUAAAAACUUGGGAAAAUUUAAAAGAUGCUCUAUUAAACACUUAUGCAGAUAAAAGAGACGUUUAUACACUUAGUAUACAAAUUACACACCUUAAACAAGGCAAUGAAUCGCCUUUCGAAUUUUUCCAAAAAAUACAGCAUCUCUUAAAUCUACAAAUAUCUUUGUUGCAAACUCGUUCUAACCGUAACGAACAAGAGAUACUUGGUAGCUAUUUUAGAAAUCUGGCUUUAAGAGUAUUAUUACGAGGUCUGAAAGAACCCUUAGGAACUUUUAUGCGUACUAAAAACCCUAAUGAUAUGAACACAGCUUUAAAUGUUCUCACAAAUGAUUUCCAAAUCUAUAUGGGACAAAAUAAUUCUCCCAAAAAUCAAAACCCUUCAUCAUCAAAUAAUUUUUCAAAUAAAAACAAAUCAAACUCAUCUAAUUAUGUUCCACCAAAUAAUUUCAACUUCCAAAAUAAUAAUUACCAAAGGAAUAAUAAUUAUUCCCAAUUCCCAAAAAAUCAGUAUCAAAACACACAAACGCGAAAUUUUAACAAUAACCAAAAUCCAUCUAACACUAGCAGAACUAGUAACGUUUUUAGACCUAAUCAAAACCAAAAUCUUCCAAACCCAACUCCGAUGACUAUUUCUACAAAUAAUACCUUCAGACCGAACCAAAAUUAUCAAAAUCGAUACAAACCUCGUAGUCAAAAUCAAAAUUAUUUUGCUAGGCAACCACAAAAUAUAAUUCAAGAAGAAUUACAUAAUAUUGACGAAAUAAAUAAUUCCGAUGAUAAAAAUGUAUACCAAGAAGAUAAUGAUCAUUUUUUAGAGGAAAUUGCCUCGGACCAAGUAGAAUAG